CGUACAUUGUGAUUUUUUUUUGAUCUAUUUUAUCGGUACUGAAAAAUUUUGGAUUGUUCAUUACUUACAUACAUCUUACUUCUGCUACCUGCCCUUACAAUACGAGUAUGGUAUAUCUUGUGUGGGUUGUCGUCGGAUACUUUUUAUUUACCUACCUAAUUGUGCUUUUGUUUUUCUAGUACCUAGUGGUAGUUUUGUUAUAUUACCUGUUUAUCUACAUUACUGUUCAUCAUGUUUCUUGCAUCUGCGAUCGUAUUUGUUAAUGUUAUCAUGAUUCAAUCGCUACAGAUGCCAACAGCAGAAGGCUUAUUCAUCAACAGACAAUUUUCUGAGACUGAUAUUCUUGAAACACCACAAAGAAGCAUAAGAACGAUUGUUUCAAAAUGUCCUACAUGCGAUUGUAGAAUAAAUACUCGAAAAAAGAGGAUUGUUGGAGGAAUAGAAGCCGAACAAAACGAAUUUCCUUGGAUGGCAGCCUUGAGUGACCUAUUCAGAUUACAUUGCGGAGCUACACUUAUCACUAAGCAGCACUUAUUAACUGCUGCACAUUGCGUGGAUGAGAUCACUGCAACAGGAAUUAAACUCGGCCGAAUUAAAGCGCUUUUGGGUGAAAAUAUUCAAGAACUAACAUAUGGCAUAAGCAACAAAACAGUACGUAUCAAAGAGAUAAUUCUACACCCGGGAUAUGAUCGAGAAGACCCAAAUUCAGAUAACGACAUCGCAAUUUUGAAAUUAGACCGCACGAUAUCAUUCAAUACUCCUCAAAUUCAACCAGCAUGCCUACCAAGUUCUGAAAAUCAAGAUUACGCCGGUUACAUUGGCACUGUUAUUGGAUGGGGUCACACUAAAGAACGGGGGCAGCGAUCUAAGAUGUUGCGGAAAGUAAAAGUUCCUAUCGUUCCGACUAAAUAUUGCAGGAUUAAUUAUAGUUACUUGUCGUAUUCAGUAACUGAUAACAUGAUGUGCGCUGGAUACUACUAUUCUGGAGGACGAAAUUCCUGUCAUGGUGACAGUGGCGGACCUUUACAAAUCAAUCGUGAUGGACUUGGAACUAUGGAAGUUGUUGGGAUUGUUUCUUGGAGUAAUGGCUGUGGUCGUCCAUAUUACCCUGGCGUCUACACUCGAAUUGAUAGAUAUAUAGGUUGGAUACGUGAUAACAUAGGAGAGGAAUGUUUAUGUGAAAUUUGAGGAUCAGUAUUAAAACUUGAUAACGUAUUUUGUUCCCAUGCAAAUGCAGUGUUUCUUAUAAGAUUAAGAGUAUGUAUGUACAUAUUGUAAUAAAAUAAAUUUUAAAAUAUAGGUAUACGUACCUACUUCAAAAAAUUAAUGAUUUGGUAGGCUAAAAACAAAAAAAAAAAAAAAAAAAAAUGGGUGUAAGUGAAGCCUUCUCUCGAAGAAAAGUUCUAAAUCAUGAUUGUAGUUGUUGGAGGAAUAGCCUCUUUUCCCGAUCAAAAGUUUGCAAUUUGCAUGUAGGCCUAAUUUUGAAACCUCCAGCGUUUCAGGUACUGUAUUUGUCUCGAUUGUGACAGUUUCGGCCCGGAGUAAAUUUUCUUUGCGUUUUGGGGUGUUGGGAUCAUUGUGGUACCCACCAUUAGUUUUUUUUCAGGUUUCCUUAAAGUUUAUUUAGGUAUAUUUUAUAUGCAGGGUGUUUUCGAAUGAUGUAUACACUCUUAUGCACUUUCUUUUUCAAAUGCAUGUCGCUCGAAACCUGUACUACCUAGCAAAAAAUGUUAAGUACAAAAAAUAAUCUCUGAAGUCUCCUCUUUCGAAUGCCGCAAAGGGUAUAGUUCUCUAUCUUGCUUAGUUUCGGAGAAAUAUCCGCUCAAACACAAUGAAAACUGAUGUUUGAAAAAAGUGAAAAAAUUUGAUGUUGCAUUUCACAACUUAUAUCGAAAAAUUCAUGCAAAAAUAACGCAACUUGGAUAUUUUAACGAUAUUUCAUUUCAUUUUAAGGUUGUCAAAUUACUGAAAUUCACUCAAUAAUGAAAAAAAUCUAACAUUUUCUCGAAAGAAGGGCGGGGAUACGCUUCAUUCAAACGGUUGUAGCGUCGAACCAGAGCAAGCUAGAGAACUGCGCUUUGCGGCAUUCGAAAGAGGAGACUUCAGAGAUUAUUUUUCGUAUUUAACAUUUUUUGCUAGGUAGUACAGGUUUCGAGCGACAUGCAUUUGAAAAAAAAAAAGUGCAUAAGAGUGUAUACAUCAUUCCCUUGAUUAUAGGGCGGCUGGGACCAUUCAAGAUGCUACUUGUAAGUAAGUUAUACAAAAAAUGCAAAUUUUUCACUUUUUCUGAACAGAACUGAACUACUGGAUUUUCAAAGUUUUUUGAUACUACACUGCUCACUACUCAGCAUGUUAAUUAAAAAAUUUUGAUUAUUGUGGCAAAAUAACAAUUUUUUGGACGAUGCAAUCCUCCUCCCAAGUAGCAUAAAGCAUAACUUGUCUUUUCUUUGGCCCCCCAGGCCCCGAUUUUCUCUGCACAGCCCUGCAAUAUUUAUUCAUACUUAAUUUUUGAGUUUGAAAUUUGAAGUUUUUGUUGCCAAGUAGCAAAUUGGAUUAAUGCAUGAAAAAAUUCAUGAAAGAAACGAAUAUUGUUUUUUCCAUUUUGUUUUGAACCUUAAGAAAUGAUGAAAACUGAAACUGAAAUGCAAAACUGAAACUAAAAACUUGAACUGAAAAAACCAAAACUGAAAACUGAAACUAAAUACCUAAAACUUGAACUGAAAAAAUUAAACCUGAAACUAAAAACUGAAAACUUGAACUGAAAAAAAUAAAACUGAAACUAAAAACUAAAAACUUGAACAGAAAUGAAAAAGUUUUGCCAUCCCUGAUGUUGUACAUUCGCCGUAGUUGUAAGUUUAUUCCUCUGGAUGCCUUUUAGUUGUAAUGGCGUUUUUGUAAUUACAUAU